AUGCAGACGGAAGACUUCAUGCUGUUGAUCCGGAAGGGCUUGGCGGAUGCGGCGCCGGUUCUGUUUCCGCCUUCUCCCGAGUGCUUGACGGAGAUGCGGCGCGCAUUUCCAGAGAAGUAUCAAAAGCUGUCACUUUGGGCCACUUCAGGCACAGUACAGACUCUGGUGCAUAGCCUCGAAAAUCGCGUGCCUCUGACAGAGGCAAAUGUGCCGGCGCUAGCUUUCAAUAUGGGUUUUGAUUGGUUCUCCUGCAUCUGUAAGCCCGAUUGCAGCGCCAGUGAAAUCGCAACACCCAUCGUUGCCGCCAACUUUGGCUGGAACGGCCAGACGUUGAGGGCCCCCAACAGCGUCUCUGACAACGACCGGGAGGCUCUUCAUCAAGCACUCAUAGAACAUUUCGCCAACAGGAAAGCCGCAAUGGGGGCUUGGGAAUGCCAGGCAAUGGACGUGGUGGCCAAGUCUGCUGCCGUGUCGGCCUACAAAUCUUGUCUUCAGCAAAGCGCGCCAAUCGCCAUCGUUUUGGACGGGACGGACUUGCCUGCUGCACCGAACCUCAACUGCAGUUUUGAAAGCAACUUCUGCGGCUGGGACCCGGAUGUUGCGACGUCUUGGCCAGCCGACCCUAACGCAGAUUGGGCGUGGAAGAGGAAAAGUGGUCCAACGAGCAGUGCGUAUACCGGACCCUCGGCGGCCCACAGCGGAGAAUGGUAUGUGUACGUCGAGGCCAGUAUCCAGCCAGGUGGGUUUGAGAAGACAGCGGUGCUUCAGAGCAUUUCCCUUGAAGGGUACCGCAUCUUUCGUCUCAACUUCUGGUACCACAUGUACGGCACGGCCAUUGCCUCCCUGAGAGUUCAGAUUCUCGUGGCUGGCUCCUGGACGACCCUCUGGGAGAAGUCCGGCGAUCAGGGUAACUCCUGGCUGCAAGCCUCGGUGCAGAUCCCUGCGAUUGCAGAGAGAGUUCGGUUCUAUGCCACGACUGGUGUCGGAGUAAAGGGCGACAUUGGCCUCGAUGACAUCGUGGCUACAACGGCGGGUGUCACAAUUGAGUUGGCUGCAACAGCCGGCACUUGCUUGAGGGACUCCGAGCCCGCUUGCCCCAAAACAUCAUGCGGGCCGUGGCUUUUACAAUGCUAG